AGCGUAAUCAUAAAAGGCACAUGAUUGUUAUAUAAUUAUACCCCAUUUUAUUUGGCUCGAAAAGAAAAAUUACUGAGGAAGUGUCUUUCAGGUUUCCUACUAAAUAGCUACAUCUGAUACUAAAGCAGAAAGUUGAGAUGGCAAUGAUAAAGGCACUUCUGAUUUUAUUGCUCUCCUACACCACAACCACUUUGGCCCAAAAACCAACUUGCCAAUCAAAAGGCCUCACUCGUUGUCCAGCCACGGCCCCCUUUUACAACCCUGACAUUUACACUAACGGCUUAUUUCGUAUUGUAGAGACGACACAAUGUCCACCUUACAACAAUCCAGGCUGGACAAAUCCUGCUGAAGCCUGUAUCUUUAAGAUGGAGUACAAACUACCACUCACUCCUAAAAUGGCGAAGCAGCCAAUUCCAGUCGGAGAGAAAUUGACCGUAUUUGAAAACAUUACCUACCUCAAAGAAGACCCUGCUCCAAUUCUUGGCGCGCUUGGAGUAUUUACCAAUGGAGUGAACAUAUACGGAGUUGGCUCUCCCUGUGGCUACAGCUCAAAAUGUCCUGAUCAAGGUGCACCCAGUAAAUGGGUGGAUGCAGUAGAAUCUGAGGGACACACGGUAGACACAUGUGGGGGGCAUGCUGCUCCCAGUCUCCAUUAUCAUAUCCACUCUGGUAUAGGACUCACUAACAACAAUGGUCGUAAAGCAUGCAAUUUCACGGAAGAUACACCAGAUCACCAUUCUGCACUCCUGGGAUGGUUAUUCGAUGGUUAUGGAUUAUACGGUCGCUAUUCAGAUGGUGGUAAACUUCCCACUGAUCUAGAUAGUUGUGGAGGCCACACACACUCAAUUGAUGGUGCUGACAUUUACCACUACCACAUGCCUGAUGCAUAUCCAUGGACUAUCGGCUGCUAUACUGGGUGCCCCGAAGUUUCUAACAAUCCAAGAGAGCUUUCUUUCGUGACUACCGGACCAUAUGGGUGCACAUAAAGACAGGAAAAACUAGAUACACAGAUACUGAUAUGAGUGUUGUAGAAUUAUUAUAUACAUGAACCUUUUGCCUGAAAA